AUGUCUGCAACGACUCAGCAAGACGCGGGAGCUCCUUCCGCUCCUUCACUUUCUCAACAACCACCAUCCUCACCCAUCGACGGAUUUGGCUCUCCCAGCCUCCUCACCCUUCCACCACCCGUCGACCGCAGCAUUCGAUCGCAAUCAUCAAGCGCUCCUCCCAGGCUGCAUCUCGCCUCAUCUGGCGGAAUGAAUCAGAGCAGGAGCGCGCGAAGCAGUUCUCUGCUACCUCGACCUUCCGCACCAGAGCUGGAGGAGGAAGUUGACGAACUGGACGAGUUUGAUGCUCAGCCGUCCAUCGACUUGGAUUCCGACGAGUUCGAGAGACUCGAAGCCGAUAGCCUUCGCAUGGCUACCCAGCAGCCGCACCGAAAAGCGGUGCCGGCCGUCGACCCUGUCAACAGCAGCAACGCCCUUGUCAUUCAUCCGCAAGCGUCGCAGAAGAGAUCUUUCUCCUCAGCCAUCGAUCGUCGCGAGACUUUGGCCGAAUCCUCGAUGCAGUCUCACAAACGAGCCAAGGUUGGACAGCCCGCCGACGCCGCAACAGCCAUCAAGCCAUUCAAGCCGUUCUUCGAGGAGGAGUGGGUCAAGGAGUUGCUGUCUGAGAGCGAGGGCCCGCGUGCGCCUUCGCCUGCCGAGCCCAGCUUCACGAGCGGCCUAUGCAAGCUCUCUGGCUCGCAAGAAGAACCUAUCGUCAUCCACGACACGUACGUUCCGUCGCCGGCCACUCAGCCCGCCAAUCAACCCGCAACUCAGCCCGCAUUCCUGCCCGCAUUUCAGCCCGCAACUCAGCCCGCAACUCGAAAGCCCUGCAAAUCGUCCGCGAGGCCUUGCGCCGUCUCCGCAGCCAGCAGAACGCAUGCGCGCAAGAGAGCCAGCUUCAACAAUGACCACAGCAGCAGCGACGACGACGAUGUUCCACUCGCCUCCCUCGGUGCCUUGAACGGUGCCGCUGGCGACCCUGCACCCAUCCUUGCGGCGAUCAGCAAGGUCGAGAACGCAGUCGCAGAGCUGAAGAAGGCAUACGAAAACGAGGUCGACGGCAUGAAGGUCAAGCUGUUCGAGCGUGAGAUUCUCAUCGACAAGCUAAGAGCUCAGCAGAGAAAAAAACCCUCGAAGUAA